AUGAAUAUUAGACAUUUAUCUCCAUCGUCUUUCUCUUCUGCUAUUGAACAACCUGCAGCAUCAAACAGGCAAUCGGGGGUCACAUCGGAGCGAGUGGCCCUGCUGAUCCUCAGUGUUCUCCUGGCAGCUGCCGUCAUAGCUCUUGGUGUAACCCUUCAUGAAAAUACUCAAACCAAGAAGAAUCUCCAAAAGUUUCAAGAGGAAUGUGAGGCAAAACUUCUCUCAGGAAACCUCAGUGGGACAGAACCAUGGAAAGUGGAGCAGCCAACUAAACCUCCUUCAGUAAAAGAUGAAACAUGUCCGAGGUGCGAGGACGGCUGGGAGCCACAUGGAGGAAAGUGCUACUUCUUCUCCUCGGUUACUUUAACCUGGAAUGAGAGUAGAACCCGCUGCAAAUCAAUGGGCGGAGACCUGGUUGUGAUAAACAGCAGAGAGGAGCAGAGAUUCCUGCAGUCUAGACUGAUGAAAAAAAUGUGCAAACCUGAGGACGAGUUCUGGAUCGGACUGACAGACUCAGAGGAAGAGGGUGAAUGGCUUUGGGUGGACGACACACGACUGAAUGCAAGUUUGACGUUUUGGUGUGAGGGCGAGCCAAACAACCUGAAAGGGAAGAAUCCUGAUGGAGAGGACUGUGUGACGAUGUGGGCGGAAGACAAAGCCAAGCACCUGAAGACCUGGAUCGAUCAAUCCUGCAAAUCAUCUCUUAAAAGUAUUUGUGAGAAUCCAGAAAGAAAAGCAUGAGCCUGAAUCCAGUUGGAUCAGAUUGAGCUCGAGUCCUCAGCCACUUUCACAAACUGAGGCAUGAAGCUUUAUUAAUGAAGAUCUUCUCCAGACAUAAACAAUUUCAAAUGAUAUCUAGAGUCUCUUAUGUUCUUCAGUUUCCUUGUUAUUUUAAAGUGACGUCUACUCCUCCCUCAUAUAAAAUCUAUGAAUA